UCCAGCCAACCGAGCAGAAGUCUUCGACGACUCAGUGAAUCCGCGUAUCCUCGACAUGCAGCUGCUGCUUGUUCUCCUUCUGGGAGCCCUUAGUUGGUCCGUGGCCUAUCCACGCAGCUACAGCUACGAUUACCCCAGGCGCAGGCCCUCGCCCUACUCCUAUAACACCAUCCCAUCGCAGAGCAAUCGGCAGACGAGGCAGAGCAGUGGCACUGCUGCACCCACCAAAUCGGACACGGAGAAUGCCAAAUUUGCGGGCGCCUCGAACCAGGAACUGGACGAGUCCGUCGGCGAUGAGAGGACUUUGCUGCUCAAGAAGAAGCUCCGGAAAUUGGCUCGUCCUUACUUGGGAUACGGCGGGUAUGGCGGCUAUGGGGGCUACGGCGGAGGGUAUGGCGGCUAUGGAGGCGGAGGUCCUUGCUCACCCUUCGGACGCGAUGCCAAGGGUGGCCAGAAGGAUCCUGACGAGCAGGGACGUUUCCUCUUCGAUGUGAAUGUGUACAAAGUUUAUCCAGGAGGAUGCCGUGGGUACGGCGGCGGCGGAGGUGGGCUAGGAGGCGGCUUUGGCGGCGGCCUAGGCGGUCUGCUCUCAGACCCCAUUCCACCACCGGUGGCGCCCUACCCCGUGCCAGUCCGCCCGUAUGCUCCGUUCGCCACGUGGCUGUCCCUGUUCGCUCCUGGCGUGCUUGGAGCCGCAACUGUGCCGGGUGUUCCCCUGUCAGACCCCAUUCGGCCGCCUUUGGCUGCGGGCGACUUACAGAGCGAUCCUGCCGUGGAUCCCAGCUACGCGGCGCCCCCAGUGCGCCGACCCGUGCCCAAUCGUGUCUACUACGAUUCAGCUGGAGCGCCACCUGUGACGCCCGCCCAACUGGUGGGCGGCGUAGCCACCACUGUGAAUGGCAUCAUCCAACAGCUCACCGGACAGGUGCAGCCCGUCUACCAAACGGGCGCCUAUCGCUCGAGGGAUCUGCGGAGCAGCUACGGAUGAGCAGUGGACGAUCAUUCACCCAUUCACACUAUGUAUAGAGAUGUAGUUAAAAUGUGAUUACGAGUAUCUGUUAGGAAAUAAAAUAAGAACGA